UAGUUGAAGCUGCCGGAAGUGACGCUUUCCCUUUCCCAUCAUGUCGGGCACAGGGGAACCCACAUGGAGAGAUCCCACACGGGAAGACGAUGAAGACAUGGAGGGGACAGAGAGCGAGGAAGAAGAGGAUGAGAUCAUGGAGGAGAACGAGGAAGAAGAGAAGGACCCGGGUCCUGAGAGAGUGUACUUGCCCGGGAUGGAGCCCCUGGAAGAGGGAGAGGAGCUGGUGAUGGACCAUGAUGCCUACAUUCUCUAUCAUCAGGCACAGACAGGUGCGCCAUGUUUAAGUUUUGAUGUCAUUCUGGAUACUUUAGGAGACAGUCGUUCAGACUAUCCUCUGACUCUGUUUCUCUGUGCUGGAACACAAGCUGACACCGCUCUAGGCAACAGGUUGUUGGUAAUGAAGAUGCACAACCUUCAUCGGACCAGCAAAGAGAAGAAGGAGAAGGAGGGCUCAGAGUCUGAGAGCAGUGAGAGUGAAGAAGAUGAUGAAGACGAGGAGGAGAAAAAGCCACAACUAGAACUUGCUAUGGUUCCACAUUUUGGAGGCAUUAACCGUGUUCGGGUCACUACGCUGAUGGACACCCCUGUAGCUGCUGUUUGGUCAGAGAAGGGUCAGGUGGAAAUCUAUGAUCUGCAGAAGCAGUUGGCAGCUGUAUCGGACCCCCAGAGCUUGGCUACAUUUCUGAAAGAUGAACAAGCCAAGAUCAAACCAGUCUACUCAUUCUCUGGUCACAUGACUGAAGGCUUUGCUAUAGAUUGGUCUCUAAAGACAGCAGGGAGGUUGAUUACUGGUGAUUGUAACAAAAACAUCCAUUUAUGGAACCCUAAAGAAGGAGGAACUUGGCUUGUUGACCAAAGACCAUUCACUGGUCAUACUAAAUCGGUGGAAGAUCUUCAGUGGUCUCCUACUGAAGACACGGUUUUUGCUUCCUGCUCAGUUGACGCAUCCAUUCGUAUUUGGGACACUCGAGCAGCUCCCAAUAAGGCGUGUAUGCUGACGGCUAACCAGGCUCAUGAUAGUGAUGUGAAUGUCAUCAGCUGGAGCAACAAUGAGCCUUUUAUUCUCAGUGGAGGAGAUGAUGGUGUCUUGAAAAUCUGGGACUUGCGGCAGUUUGAUAGAGGAGCCAGUGUGGCAAAAUUUAAGCAACACACAUCGCCUAUCACAUCGGUGGAGUGGCACCCUACGGACGGUAGUGUAUUUGCUGCAGCUGGCGCUGACGACCAGAUCACUCAGUGGGAUCUUGCUGUUGAACGAGAUCAGGAUCAGGAAGGCGAAAGUGAUGAUCCUGCGUUGACCUCUAUUCCACCACAACUAUUAUUUGUUCACCAGGGAGAAAAAGACAUUAAAGAGUUACACUGGCACCCACAGUGCCCAGGCAUAGUCAUCAGCACAGCUCUGUCUGGUUUCAAUGUAUUUCGCACUAUCAGUGUGUGAGGACAUUGCUCACUCUAGAUAUAUGGACAUACGAUGCCAUGGACUUUUGCCCAACAUUUAAAUCAGAAAAUUGGCUCAUCUUGUUUUUUUUUCUAAGGAAUAUUACAGGGCCGCUGUAUUUUAUGUAUGUGUGAUUACUAAAAAAAAUGACUUCUCAUUUUUUAA